AUGGGGUUGCCCUGGAGAAGGCUCCUGCCCUUGCUGCUGGAGCUGCUGCUGGGCCCCUGGUGCACAGGCUCCUCCCCAUCUGAGCCCUGCCGGACCUGCCGGGACCUCGCCAGCAGCUUUCUCAAGGGCCUGGAGCGGACAGAGCGGGAGAAUUUUGGGGGAGGGAACACGGCCUGGGAGGAAGAGAAGCUGGCGAAAUAUGCGCACAGUGAGACGCGCCUGCUGGAGGUGCUGGAGAGCGUGUGUGGCAAGUCGGACUUUGCGUGUCACCAGCUGCUGGAGCAGAGUGAGGAGCACGUGGAGAGCUGGUGGUUCCAGGGACAGCAGCAGCACCCCGACUUCUUCCAGUGGCUCUGCAUGGACACUCUGAAGGUCUGCUGCCCACCUGGCACCUAUGGCCCUGACUGCCUGCCAUGUGCUGGUGGGCACCAGCAGCCGUGCAGUGGGAACGGUAAAUGCGACGGCGAGGGGACGCGCGCGGGCACUGGCCUGUGCAUGUGCAGCCUGGGCUACGGCGGCUCCUUCUGCUCCGAGUGCGCAGACGGCUACUACGAGGCAGCCAGGAAUGAGAGCCACCUGGUAUGUGCUGAGUGCUACCGGGCCUGCGGGCGCUGCUCGGGGCCAGAGGACUCCAGCUGUCUGCGCUGCAAGAGGGGCUGGGCGCUGCAUGAGCACAGGUGCAUUGACAUCGAUGAAUGUGGCACGGAGAUGGCGCAUUGUCGGGCCAACCAGUUCUGUGUCAACACCGAAGGCUCCUACGAGUGCCGAGACUGCGCCAAGGCCUGUGUCGGCUGCAUGGGCGCCGGGCCUGCCCGCUGCAAAAGGUGCAACAAAGGCUACCAGCGGGAUGGAGCAAAGUGCCUGGACGUGGACGAGUGUGCCAGCGCGCAGGAACCUGUCUGCACCGGGCCCCACGAGGUCUGUGAGAACACAGACGGCAGCUACCGGUGCGUUUGUGCAGAGGGCCACGUGCGCAGGGAUGGCGAGUGUGUGGAGGACAAACCCCCAGACACCCCGGCAAAGGGCUUUUUCGACGAGGUGACGGAGGACGAGGUGGUGGUGCUGCAGCAAAUGUUCUUCGGCGUGGUGAUCUGUGCGCUGGCCACGCUGGCUGCCAAGGGUGACAUGGUCUUCACCGCCAUCUUCAUCGGCGCGGUGGCAGCCAUGGCUGGCUACUGGCUCUCGGAGCGCAGCGACCGCGUGCUCGACGGGUUCCUGAAGGGCAGAUAG